GAGCAACUUUAAUAAUUUAUUUUAUAUAUUUCCAUCGGAGUAGAAAGCUUAAAUAAGGAAAUGGAAACAUCACCACAUUAUUCCUGGUUCUCAUGCUAUUAAAUAUAAAUACACCGUUACCAGCUCAUAACCAGUUUACCCAGAAGUCAGUCAGGCACCAGAAGCCUGGCUGCUGUGUCCGUACAGCUGAGCCAGAAGUGAUGUCAUAGCAGCUUGUUGUGUGUUCAGCUUCUUCCUCAGGCGAAUCAUAAACCAGCUGGGUCAGUUUGCAUGGGAAGCCAGAUAAGCGCCUCAUGCAAACUCGGACACAAUCAGAACGUUGUUGGAUCUGCCGAGGCCCCAAAUAAAGCCUCGCAUCCGUGUGGGUUUGAUCCCGUUUUCCCACGUGUCUUUGCAGCUGGAGGAAGUUUGCCGGAGUGCGCGGGAUGCAAAGAGAGGAUCUACGAUGAGCAGUACCUGCAGGCCCUCAACGCCGACUGGCACACCAUCUGCUUCAGGUGUUGCGAGUGCAGCGCCUCGCUUUCCCACUGGUACUACGAGAAAGAUGGACGGCUGUACUGCAAGAAGGAUUACUGGGCCAAGUUUGGGGAGCUGUGCCACGGCUGCAACGACCCGAUCACCACCGGCCUCAUCAUGGUUGCAGGAGAACAGAAGUAUCACCCAGAAUGCUUCAGCUGUCUGAACUGCAGGGCAUUUAUCGGUGAUGGAGACACAUAUGCGCUGGUGGAGAGAUCCAAACUUUACUGCGGUCACUGUUACUACCAAACCAUCGUGACGCCCGUGUCACUGCCAGACUCGCCGCACUCCCGGAUCCCGCACACUGUCACGCUCGUGUCCAUCCCCGCCUCAGGCGAGGGCAACAACGGAUGCAGAGGGCGGGGCUUUUCUGUGGCGAUUGACCAGCCGCUCAGCCCCACCAACGGCUUCAGCCCGGAGCACGGACGCACCGUCAGGGUGUCCCAAGUGGAUCCUGACUGCAUCAGCCCAGACGUAAAAAACUCCAUCCAUGUUGGGGACAAGAUCCUGGAAAUCAAUGGGACGCCCAUUCACAACGUUCCCCUGGAUGAGAUCGACCUGCUCAUCCAGGAGACCAGCCGGCUGCUGCAGCUCACCAUCGAACAUGACCCGCACGCUCAGGAGGGGGGCUCCUCGGAGGCCGAGGAUCAGGUGGACGGCUGCCUGUCCACCCCGGUGUCGGACGGCCCCAGCCCCACCCUGCCGAUCACCCAGGCCCCCAACCCUGACAUCAGCAACCUGAAAUCACGCAUAAUCACGCGGAGCUGCAGCAUUGAUAAGUCACCGGGCUCCAGCAACGCAGCAUCGCCCGUCUCACACAGGAAGGACAUCAAUCGGUCGGAGUCACUCCGGGUCGUCUCCAAUCGGACUCACCGCAUCUUCCGCCCUUCUGACCUCAUCCACGGAGAAGUCCUCGGGAAGGGAUGCUUCGGUCAAGCCAUAAAGGUGACCCACAAGGAAACGGGGGAGGUGAUGGUGAUGAAGGAGCUGAUUCGUUUUGACGACGAAACACAGAGAACGUUCCUGAAAGAGGUGAAGGUGAUGCGCUGCCUGGAUCACCCCAACGUGCUCAAGUUCAUCGGAGUCCUGUACAAAGACAAGAGACUCAACUUCAUCGCAGAGUACAUAAAGGGAGGAACCCUGAGGGAAAUAAUCAAGAAGAUGGACAGUAACUUUCCCUGGAACCAGAGGGUCAGUUUUGCGAAGGACAUUGCUGCUGGAAUGGCAUAUUUGCAUUCAAUGAACAUAAUCCACCGGGACCUGAACUCACACAACUGUCUAGUCCGAGAGGACCACACCGUGGUGGUGGCAGACUUCGGCCUGGCUCGGCUCAUGGUGGACGAUAAAUGUGAAAAUAAGCUGACGCAGGGAAAACUGCCGGGCCUGAAGAAGCCCGACCGCAGGAAGAGGUACACGGUGGUGGGAAAUCCCUACUGGAUGGCUCCGGAGAUGAUCCACGGCAAAAGCUACGAUGAGAGAGUGGACAUCUUUUCCUUUGGUAUUAUGCUAUGUGAGAUCAUUGGUCGGGUCAACGCAGAUCCAGAUUACCUCCCCAGAGCGAUGGACUUUGGGCUGAACAUUUCUGGCUUCCUGGAGAACUACUAUCCUCCCAAAUGUCCCCCUGCCUUCUUUCCUAUUGCUGCUUUGUGCUGUGACCUCGAUGCAGACAAAAGACCUGCAUUCUCUAAACUGGAGGAGUGGCUGGAGAACCUCAAGAUGCACUUGGACAUUGGUCUGCCGCUGAUGUCCGAACUGGACCAGUUGCACAAGGCCUUCUGGGAGCACCACAGCAUCCCGCGUCCUGAGAACGGCCUGCACACUCAUCCGGAGCAACCCGAGUGAAGUGCCGCGAGAGGAGUGGCAACGCUGGAGUUGACCCCUCAGGAGACGGUGACCCCACCCGCCUCGGGUGGCAGAACGCUGCUGGAGGAGACUUUCUAAUGACCCGUCACGACUGAAGCAGACGACACUGGUUUUAGCUGGCACAGGCCAGAUGAAAAGACUCAGGGGGAAAAUAUGAAUUUGAAAAGCCACCAGUGUGUGAUGCCUGCACACACACACAUACACGCAUACACACACACACAUUCUCACUGCAGCUGCUUCUGAAGCUAAAGUAAACUAUAUCAUAUGCAAUCAGAAACAAAUUUCACGUAACGCUUUAAUCGCAUACAUUUAGCAGAAGUGGUCCCACUAGAGAAUACUUACUGUGCUUUUUACUGUAGUGUGUAACUUUACAUUCAAAACAUAGCAGCAAGCCUUCAGCCGCGUCACUUCACGUCUCCAGACCGCAUGGUGCAGUUUGUGUCUGCAGACAUUUGCUGCGUUUGGUUUUCUUUUGGAUCUCAGAACAGAACGUACUAGAGAUGCAAGCAAAAUGCAACGGACUCCCAGCGUCUGAGGGACAGUUUGUAGACCUUCUUGUGCAAGUGAAGUGAAACUUUUCAAGCUUUAAGUAUCCAAUUGACAAAUGCAUGGAUGUAAAUAACGCUGCCAGGUCAAUUCCCGCUUCAGUGUGCCCCUCUGACCCCAUUCAGUCAUGAACCGCUUGGAGUUGCUCGUCUCUCCUGUUUAUACUGUAGCACUGAAUUUAUGGUAAGGUACACGUCCUACAUUUGGUACGUCUCCUCUCCGUUUAGAGUUCAUAGCGCAUCCCAUUCAUACUAACACUCAAAUACAUUAUGUGUACAUAAGUGGCAACUUUGUAAAUUUUUUAAAUAUUGUAAAUGUACAGACAUAUUUUAUAUAAGUACGUUACAUCGCCAUAUUUUUAUUGGCUGACUGGCUAAAAGGAGACCGGAGGUGUCACUGCAGUUGAAACGGCAUGGCAAUUUUUUUUUUUUUUUUUUUUAAUUUGCGUGUUGUCACUGAGUCAGGGUAAAUGCUUCGAGACCAUCUUCAAACACCUAAAAACCUCUGCCAAAAAUCAUUUUAAAACGACAACAAACAACCUGAGAAUGCAUACAGUUCUGAUAAAUGUAUGCAUUCACUUUUCAACCCUUCUGCAGUUAAAUCAAACAUUGCAGCUACAGUGCCUCGAUGAGUAUUUAUACCAUAAACUUUUUCACAAUUUGUCGCUUUAGUUCGGAAGGAUUUACUGGUUUCCAGUAGAAAGGCUUCAGAACCAUAAAUUUUAAUGUAUUUUAUUGGGAUUUUAAGUUGAUGGACUAAUUGGACAACAGUUUUUACCAACUUUGCGCAUUUACCGACUGAGAUCUUUACCCAUUUUUCUUUGCACAAUAGCUCAAAAUCAGCCAGAUUAAAAACCAAGUACAUGGUAUUCAAUUCAUUUCAAAAUGCUUUAAGAAUCCCAGAGACAAAAAAAAAUUCAAUAGAUGUAAAUUUUAUAGCUAUCAUCAAUUUUCUCAAUUGGAUUUAGGUCUGGACUUUGACUUGUAACACAUGAUGAAGCUGCAGCUUUGACUUUACGUGUAAGGAACUUGUGCUGCUGAAAUCCUCCACUUUUUAUUAACCUCUCCCAAAAAAGUCCCAAUUUAAGACAUUGAAGUUUCUGUUUGUAUUCUGACAAAGUAUGAAAAAAAAACUUAAGGGGUGUAAAUACGUUUGGAAGGCACUGUACAUUUUCUGAUCAUCUCUCUUCCCCACACUGGAAAAACGGCUAAUAAUCCAUGCUCUCAUUUCUGAUGUACUGUAUCAUAGUGAAGGUGUUGCAUCACCAGGUACUGCCUCAUCUGUCUGUCCAUGUUCCCAUCUGUCCUCCUGAGGAUCAACCCCUCUGUCUGUUUACAUAUAAGAUGUGCUGUAAAUAUCUCUGUGUAUAUAUACGCGUCUCUCUCCUCAGAAAUAAUCUCCAGCACUGUCAGAUUUCUGCGGCACCUUCUAACAAACCGUCUCUCUGUCUUUAUUCUGCGAAUCUUUUAGUUUCUUUUAAAUUUGCUGCAUGAUGUAGUGGCCAGGUCUUCUCUGCUUUUACUCCAAGCUACUUUAGUCUAUAAGCAUUGUGGGGGUUUUUUUAUAAUAAAUAAAAUACACAUUUGGAGUAAAAGAUUUAAAAACAAAGUCAGGCAAGAAAAGCAGGGCUGAGUAGAAAAUGUAAAAAAAAAAAAUCUGUUUUUCUAUAUCUACCCUCUGAAACUCUUUUGUACACAUUUGAGUACUUUUGUUUGCACUAAAUGGCCGAUCUGGGCCGCGACUUCUUAUUUCUUUUUUCUCUUGGGCUACUUGUGAUGAGGAAAAUGAUCAAUGUCAGUUCAGGUUGAUAUUUGAAUGCAAGCCACUGACGGAGCCUUUCAACUGUUAAAAAAAAAGGGAUCUGGUAAGUUCAGCCUCUCAGUAGCAAAUUGGACUUAUUUAAUUAUUUAGAUGCAGCUCAAAUUGAAUUAAAAUCACGUAUGCCAUGCAAUAUAGUCCUAGGCGCAGAAAGAGCUAGCUGGGUUGCAUUUCAGUGAUGAAAUGCUGGUGUUUUUGCUACUGUGAGGUUGUGAUGACCCAGUUCUGCCUGCUGCCUACAGACCGGUCCUUUGUGAGUGGUGUUCUGUGCCGUUUCUGACUGCUUGCGAUGCCCACGGAGGCUGCAAUCACUCGUUCUGAUAGCUGAGCGCUUAAACCUCACCUCUUCCUCACCUUAAAUCUUUUUGGCUCAGGGCCGUAAUUUUUUUCUGGAGCUUUUUCCUCAGAGCUUAACAAGUACCCACCGGUAACAAGCGAGACUGUGAGGAGCAUGUAAACGCCUGUCACUCUGUAGGGGUGGAGGGGGGGGGGAGGGAGCUCUCCCCCAUUUCUCACAUGCAUGCACACACAAACGUGGCGCAGUGUUUCCUUCACCGCUCCUGUCUGAGCCAUGUCGAGCAUGUUAGAUGUCAGUGAGGACGUGUUGAUCGCCGAGAAUGUCGCCGCAGCACUUCUUCGCAAAGGAUCGUUACCUCUGAACAAUGCUGUGCCUUUGUUGUAAGCUAGCCUUGCCAACGACUCGAAAACAUGAACUGAUUUCCUGUUUGGUUCUUAUUUUAAUGCAUCAUCGGUGCAAGCCUGAUUCAAGCGAACUGAACAUCUGAGUUGACACCAUGACAUGUAAGAUUUCAUCUUGUUCUGUAUCAUAUUUAUAUUUUCUGGAUCUCCAUUGUCAGUUUUGAUACUUUAAUAUUAUAUUCUUUUUUUUUUUUUUUUUUUUUUUAUUUUUUUUUUUUUUACACAAGCUGUGAAAAAUGAUUCUGCACUUUAAUCCUGAACAUUUGGACUCUGAGGAGGUUACUGUGGGGUUUUUUUUUUCUUUAUUUUUUUGUCACAGCUGAAAAUAAAAUGAUGCUUCUUAAACAAA